CCUCAGUUGUCGCCGCACGUGACUUUAGGAGCGGGGGGGGUAUGGGGCGGGAAAUAAAUCGCUUGUCCCUUUAAUUUCAAUUUCCGUGCGUGAUAUUUAUCGUGAUCACCUGUCAGAUGCGGCGCAUGCGCACCGGGGGUGGGAGGCGGAGUGCGGGGCCGUCCGUUCGCUGUGGAGGCUGCCGCUGCCGCUGCCCUGCGCGCGUGCCCCCCAUCCCGCGGCGACAGACGCACGGACUCGGAGCGGGGGUAGAUCAGCGGAGCUGCGGGGAAGAUGGGGACGCCGACGAGCCGCUAACACACGGAAGUCGGAUGUAGAUGCUGAACCUGAGGAGAGCCCUGGGAGCAGCAGCAGCAGCACGAGCAGCAGCAGAGGGGCCAUAGAUGCCCUCUCCACAGGUGCGGCUCCAGCCCACGCCUCUGCUGGAGGUGCAGUGCAGAGGGGAGACGGCAAUACCUCUGACUCUGACAGUACCUUAGAUUCCAGCACUGGUGAGGAGGAGGAGGAGGAGGAAGACGACCCAGCUAUGUUCUCUUCCAAGUUUCUUAGUGGGGCUAACCCCCUGAGUGCUGUGUCUUCGGCUGUGAAUAAGUUUGGCUUGUUCGGAGAUGAUGGAGAGGGAGACAAGAAAGCCCCUCCCCAGCAAGCGAAGAAACUCUCUGGGGAACAGCAGCCUGGAGGAGGUCCUGGCAAAGACUCUCAGCAACAGCAAAGCUCCCAAAAACCCGGCCAGGGACCCUCUAUGCAAAAGUCCCAGCCGGCUUCAAAGCAAGGAUCGCCACAACUGCGGGGAGAUGAGCAGGCUGGACCCAAAAGCAAGCCUGUGGGGCAAGCACAGAGCUCAAAUACAGGGACAGAGCAGCCCAAGGCUCCACCGCAGCAAGGUUCUCCAAAGCCUGGAGGUCAACAACAGGCCACGGCUAAGAGCGGAAUACAAGCAGAAUCUCCAAAGGUGUCACCCAAACCUAACAUGCAGCAAAAAGCUGGUGUGCAGCAAAAAGAUUCUACAAAGACGGGAGCACAAGGGGCAACAAAGGUUGGGGCAGAAGUGGGGAAGCAGCAACAGACUUCAUCUAAGGUGGGACCUCAAAAAGAAGGCAUCAAGCAGCAGCCCUCUGAUAAACAGCAGGAAGUAAAGCGAGCAGGUACACCUGACCUAAAGUCAGCCGGAGCAGCAACCAAAGCCAGAUCUCAGUCAAAAACUCAACCGCUGUGUCCGGUGUGUAAAACAACAGAACUCAAUGUGCACUCCAAGGAGCCGCCGAACCACAGAACGUGCACACAGUGCAAAAGUGAGGUGUGCAGCUUGUGUGGCUUCAGCCCUCCUGACUCUGAUGGUCAGGAGUGGCUUUGUCUUACCUGCCAAGUACAGAGAGCUCAAGGAACGUCUGUGUCGCCAGGGCCUCCUAUGAAAAAACCCCCACCCAACAAAAUCUCAGCUCCACAAAACCAAACUGAACCUGCCAAAAAAGGACCGUCAGCGCCAGGUUCACCUCAGAACGUGCAGUCUAAAUCAACAAGUGGGCCAGCCAAAGAUGGAGCUGCAAAAGCACCAGGAAAUCCAAAACAACCAAGUCCAGCACCUCCUCAGAAAACUACUCCUGACACUCAGAGGAAAGGAAGUUCACAACAACCACAACAGACUAGUCAGACGGGACAAAAACAAGGUAGCGCAGGUAAAGCUCCUCCGCAGGAGUCAGGAGGUUUGUUUGGCUUUGCUAGUGCUAAAAUGGAACCCACAAAGGCAGAAGAUUCAGUGACUGGGAAGAUGUUCGGCUUUGGUUCCUCCAUAUUUAGCUCUGCGUCUACCUUGAUAGCCUCUGCUGUUCAGGACGAAGCUAAAGUCACACCACCAGUUUCUCCUAAAAUGCAGCCCACAAAAGAGACCAAACCGUCGACUGUGCAGGAGUCGGAGCAAGACAGGAAACAGAAACAGCUUCAUCAGACGAAGUCUCCGACUCCAGUGCAGAGCAAAAGUGAAAUCUCUACUCCAGAGGCUCCAAAGACAUCAGUCUCCCCCAGUGCUCCAAAAGGAGGCCAGUCCACCUGUCCCAUAUGCAACAUGGUGCUGAAUGUGGGCUCUAAAAAUCCCCCAAACUACAGCAAGUGUACUGAAUGCAAGGGCAUGGUUUGCAACCAGUGUGGAUUUAACCCCAUGCCAAAUGUCAAAGAGGGAAAGGAGUGGCUUUGCUUAAAUUGUCAAGUGAAACGAGCAGCAGGAGGAAUUGACCCUCAGAAAAAGCCAUCUAUGCCGCUUGAAGUUAAAAAGCCUGAAGCACAGCCUUCGCCGCAAAAGAAACCCACACCGGGCUCCCCUCAAACAAACUUAUCAAUGCGAGCAACACAACCAGUGAAGGACGAAAGAUCAGACAGUCAAAAACAGACUAGCCCAGCUCCUCUUAAGAAAACGCCUCAGGAGAACCAUGAGAAGGGUCCUGAGAAAGGACGAGAUCAGGCAGUUCCAACUACUCAAAUGAAGGAAAAUGUCAAAUCUGAACCAUCUGGAGGCUUGUUUGGUUUUGGUAGCACAAAAAACCAAACUGAUGCUUCAAAGCCUGCUGAGUCUGUGACGGGAAAAAUGUUUGGAUUUGGAUCUUCCAUUUUUAGCUCCGCAUCCACUUUGAUUACAUCAGCAGUUCAGGAUGAAUCUAAAGUGACUCCGCCGGUUUCUCCCAAAAUGUCUCCCAAAAGAGACUCAAAAUCUCCAACGGUGACAAAAAAAGAACCGGAAAAGAAACCCCAGCCAUCGCAGCCACCUCUGGGUCCAUCACAGGGGCUGCCAAAAGAGGGAAAACCUUCAUCUGAAAAGCCAAAGACAACACCAGAUUUGCCAAUUGAACCCAAAGCAAGUCAAUCUACCUGUCCUCUUUGUAAAGUGGAGCUUAAUGUGGGCUCAAAAGACACUCCCAACUACAACACCUGCACUGAGUGCAAAAACACUGUAUGCAACCAGUGUGGGUUUCAGCCCAUGCCAAAUGUUAAAGAGGUGAAGGAAUGGUUAUGUCUCAACUGUCAGAUGCAAAGAGCACUGGGAGCAUCUGAGCCUCCAGGAACCCCCAUGAUGAAACUACAAGCCUCACCUAAUAAAGUCUCCACCCCUAUGAAGAAAGAAACUCCAUCUCAACAAAAAGAAAUUCCAACAUCUGUGAAAUCCAAGGAAAAUUCACCAUCAGGUUCUCCUCAGAGGACUCCCCAGAAAGGCCAGACCACUGAUUCUCAGAAGGUACCAGAUCAAACGAGCUUAGCAGGUUCUCGAAAGAGUAGCACAGCAUCAACGACAGAGCAUCCAACCGGGGGUUUAUUAAACUUCGGUCCUAAAUUUGUGCCUGAUGCUGCAAAAUCUGCCGAAGCUGUAGGUGGCAAAAUGUUUGGAUUUGGAUCGUCUAUCUUCAGUUCUGCCUCCACUUUAUUAACCUCAGCUGUCCAAGAUGGAACCAAAACAACGCCACCAGUCUCGCCCAAAAUGUCACCCGCAAAAGGCGUCAAAACACCUCCAGUUCAGAAACAGGAAGAGAGAAAGGGUGUAGAAGAACGUCAGCAGUCCAAGUCCUCUCCAGUGGGACAAAAGAAAGUAGAAAAAGGACCACUAGAGUCUCUGAAAAAUGCUGCGGGUCAAAAUCCUUCGCAGAAAAGCCCUUCUUCCUGCCCAUUAUGUAAGACUGAGCUUAACAUCGGCUCAAAGGAUCCUCCCAACUUUAACCAAUGCACUGAAUGCAAGAAUACCGUCUGCAACCAAUGUGGAUUUAAUCCAAUGCCAAAUGUGUCUGAGGUGAAAGAAUGGUUAUGCCUGAAUUGUCAGAUGCAAAGAGCUCUCAGUGCAUCUGAACCUCCAGGACCUUCUCUGAAACCAGACGUUGGAGUAAACAAAACAUCACCUUCUGCUAUUCAUAAAAAAAUAGCCUCUCCUAGUCCGGAUGAAAGCUUUAAAACACAUUCGCCGAAAGCCAGUCUUGGGAAAGAAGCUAUAUCACCAGAUCCAGCUCAAAAGAAGUUGAGCUCUGCACCAGGUUCUCCUCAAAUAACAAAAAGUGCAGCAGCACCAUCAGCAUCCAAGGAUACCAAGCAACCACAGAUUGAACCACAGGCGUCUCCGAUUCCCGGUCAAAAAACUGCAACAGAUAUUCAGGUGAAAUUAGGUAAUCAGACACCAACUAAUGAGGCACGCCAACCAGAUCUAAAACCCAGCAAGAGCUCACCUUCGGCACAGCAAGAGCCAAGGAAACCCCCUGUUAUUGGCGGGCAAGAGUUUUCAAAAGCAACUGAAUCACUGAGUGGAAAAAUGUUUGGAUUUGGAUCCUCUAUUUUUAGCUCAGCAUCUAGUUUGAUGUCUGCUGUUCAGGAAGAAUCACGGACUACACCUCCAGGCUCUCGUAAAAUGUCUGCGCCGGCACAAGCUUCUGCCAGGAUUUCCCCUAAAAGUACUCCUCCAAUUUCACCCAAGUCAUCGCCUUCAAGGGGGCCAAAAACGACAUCUGAAAAAGCUGAGCAAGAAAAGAAAUCAGAUGAAGUCCAUCAGAACAAGAAGGACCCUGUUUCUUCACAGCCAGCAAACCUGGGAACAGUCAUUCAAGCAGGUCCUGACAAAGGUCAGAACAGCUGCCCGCUGUGUAAGGUCAAGAUGAACAUCGGCUCCAGCGAACCUCCUAACUACAACACUUGCACUGAAUGCAAGAACACCGUUUGUAACCAAUGUGGAUUCAACCCUAUGCCUUCUGGAGAGGCAAAGGAGUGGCUCUGUCUUACAUGUCAGAUGAAAAGAGCAGUUGGACCUUCUGAGCCUCCAGGACCUCAAAGUAUGAAGUCUCAGCUGUCUUCAAAUAAGGUUCCUGUGUCCACUAAAGAUGAGGCAAAGGAACAGAAAAUGCCUGAGUCAGGAGGGACGCAACUCAAAAAGCAGGUGGCACCCACAGCCAAAACUGACCCUGUUGCAGCUCCACUUAAGAGUGAAAGCCCAACACUGAGUCAGAAAGCAUCACAAGAGAAACCAAAAACAGCUCAAGAGAAACUGCCUGAUCAAGCAAGUCAACAAGGGCGUAAUCAGAGUAUUGUUCCUCCAGGAACACAGACAAAGUUAGGGGGUUUAGUUGAUUCUAAACCUCAGCCUGAAGCUGCAAAAUCCACAGAGUCAGUAAGUGGGAAGAUGUUAGGUUUUGGUUCUUCCAUUUUUAGUUCUGCUUCUACUUUGAUAAACUCAGCAGUUAAGGACCAGCCAAGAACUACUCCACCAGUUUCUCCUAAAAUGACCCCUGCAAGGGAAUCCAAACCUCCUUCUGCCUCGAAAGUUGAACAACAGAAGGAAGUAGAAUCCCCACUUCAGGCAAAGAGCCACCCAUCUGUUGAACCAAAAGCAGAUCAGACUAAGUCGACAGAACAAAAAGGGAAGACAGAGAUAUCAUCUGACGCAAAGACGCUCCUAUCAGAGCACGCCAAAGCAAAUGAAACUCCAGCAGCAUCUCCCAAGUCUAAAGCUGCUGUCCAGUCAUCUGUCGAGCCAGACAAAUCCUGUCCACUCUGUAAGAUAAAACUCAACAUUGGCUCAAAGGACCCACCCAACUACAACACCUGCACUGAAUGCAAGAACACUGUUUGUAACCAGUGUGGAUUUAAUCCUAUGCCAAAUGAAAUGGGGGCUAAAGAAUGGUUGUGUCUGACGUGCCAGAUGCAGCGAGCCAUGGGAGAAGCACAUUCCCCAGGAGUCGCCCCUGUCAAACCUCAGAUUUCAUCAAAAAUCCUAGCAGACAAUACAGAUGGAUCUAAGGUUGAAAGGAAAGACGCAUCAGCACCACAAUCCCCACAAAGAAAACUGUCUGCAGCAGCUCAACCUCCUGUAUCUGAGGUACCUAGCAAGCCAUUGGUUCAGAAACAGGCCAGUCCAGGUCCAUCCCCGAAAAAUGCAAUGGAUCCACAAAAAACAUCUGAUCCCACCAAAUCUCCAGUCCAAUCAAGGCAAAGUGAACACAAACUGAUUGCCACUGCUGCUCCACCAAAAGAGUCUGGCGGCUUCUUUGGCUUUGGUGGUGGUAAAGCCAAGUCUGAUUCUGGAAAGCCAACAGAGUCUGUAACUGGAAAAAUGUUCGGCUUUGGUUCCUCUUUUAUUAGCUCUGCAUCCAACUUGGUCACCUCCACGGUUAAGGACCAGCCUAAGACCACUCCACCAGUUUCUCCAAAAAUGCCCCCUGCAAAAGACAUGAAAUCUCCAGCCCAAGAGAAGAAGAAACCAGAACAACCACAACAGACAAAGGCACCCUCAGUUGUACAGGCCAAGGCAGCUCCAUCAGAACAUCCAAAGACUGGAGAAGCUUCUGUCAAACUAGCCCCUCCUAUCUGUCCUCUCUGUAAGGCUGAACUCAACGUGGGGUCCAAAGAUCCACCUAAUUUCAGCACCUGUGAUGGAUGCAAGAACACUGUGUGCAACCAGUGUGGAUUUAACCUUAUGCAAAAUGAGUCUGAGACAAAAGAGUGGUUGUGUCUGACUUGUCAGAUGCAAAGAGCCCUUUCAGCAACAGAACCAGCUCAGCCUUCACUGGUAAAACCUUUGACAUCAGCCCAAAAAGUGUCCACACCUGCUUCUUUGGAAAAGGCUGCCUCACACAAACAAAUGAAAGGUGAAGCUCGGAAGGAAGGUGGUUCUAAAGAGAAAAAUGAGGACAGUCUAGCACCAAGUGAAGUAUCAAAGAAUGCUGAGAUACUGACAAGUACUUCAGGAUCAUCUGUAACAGACAGCACUGUUGCUUCAAGAUUAACAAAAGGUGAGAAUUCUAGUUUACCACCAACUAAAGACACUCCAGAGAAGGAGCCCAUUGUCGCAGACCAAGCACCCUCCUUGAUCCUGGAUGAUACAGCUUUAAAUGAGAAGAAAGAUACUCCUGGAGAUACGGAUGUAUCUAAAAAGAUAAAAGAUGUGGAUAAAACAAUUUUGAAAUCAGCUGAAAAGGUUGCCAAAUCUGUGGAGAAAGAGCAGGCUCAACAGGCCCAAGUGAACGAGCCACACCCAGCUGAAAGUGCUCCACUGGCAGCACAGCCAGAAAAGGCUAAGAGUCCUCCUCCAGGAGGGAGCCAAGUUAGUAAAGAUCCAAUAGAAUUAGCAAAGCCAGAUGCUUCCCCGGCCGGGCCCAAAGUUCAACAGUCUCUGUGUCCGCUUUGUAAGGUGGAGCUUAAAACAGACUCCAAAAAUCUUCCCAACUUCAACACCUGUACUGACUGCAAAACUACUGUGUGCAACAAGUGUGGAUUUAGUCCACUGACUAAUGUGACAGAGGUGAAGGAAUGGCUCUGUCUUAAUUGCCAGAUGCAGAGAGCACUUGGAGCUUCUGAACCUCCAGGUCUUCCUAUGAUAAAACCACAGGCUCCAAUAAGCAAAGAUGUCCUUGUAACUUCAGAAUCUCCAGCACCCCCAAACUUAAAGACACAGCCUUCAGUAAGCAAAGAAGUCCCUGUAGCUGCAGAACCUCCUGCACGCCCAAAAUUAAAGACACAGCCUUCAGUAAGCAAAGAGGUGCCUGUAUCUGCAGAACCUCCAGCUCUCCCAAAAUUAAAGACACAGCCUUCAGUAAGCAAAGAGGUGCCUGUAUCUGCAGAACCUCCAGCGCCCCCAAAAUUAAAGACACAGCCUUCAAUAACCAAAGAGGUGCCUGUAUCUGCAGAACCUCCAGCGCCCCCAAAAUUAAAGACACAGCCUUCAAUAAGCAAAGAGGUGCCUGUAAGUGCAGAACCUCCAGCUCUCCCAAAAUUAAAGUCACAGCCUUCAACAAGCAAAGAGGUUACUGUAGAACCUCCUAUGUCCCCAAAAGCUAAGACAAAGCCUUUAACAACCAAAGAGGUCCCUGCUACUAUACAACCGCCAGCAUCCCCAGAAAUAAAGGCUGAACCUUCAACAGACAAAGGGGUUCCUGAUACUAAAGACAAGAAAGAAGCUCCAAUUCCAGCUUCUCAGAAAGACAUCCCUCAUUUGAACAAAUUACCUGAUUCUCCUGUAAUACCACCCAAAGAAAUGGCUGUAACAACCCAGAAGACCGCCCCUGCCGCUGCUUCAGUGCUUGACAAAACUGUUUCGGCUGCUGAUACAAAGACCAAGACAAUUCCUUUACAAAAGCCAUCUUCAGAGACUCCCAAAGCAGACACCGCUGCACCUCAGAAACAGGCUUCACAGCUUCCCAAAGAUACCUCUAAGCCUACCGUAACACCAGAUUCAGAGGCUAAAAAGCAAACCUUACCACAGCCUCCAGGAGCUGUUUCCUUAGAUAAACCUGCUUCUCCAUCUAAACAACAAGCUGAAAAACAGUUACCUAAAGCUGGUACUUCUCCAGUUAAGUCUGUGCCACCAUCAGUUCAAGCGGGAAAACAAGAUUCUGGAGGCUUCUUUGGUUUUGGGGGACCUAAAAAACAGCCUGUGCAAACAGGAGAGUCUGUGACGGGAAAGAUGUUUGGCUUUGGGUCAUCUUUCCUAAGCUCUGCGUCCAAUUUGAUAUCAUCAGCUGUCCAAGAUGAAUCUAAAACUACACCACCGAGCCCACGCAAGAUGUCUACAACAGUUUCUCCUAAAGCUACACCUCCAGCUUCUCCAAAAGUAUUGCCCGUGAAGGACACAAAGCCACCUCCUGCGCAAAAGGCUGAAGAGAAACCAGAAAAACCACAACAGGAAAAGAUUCCUUCUAAAGAACAAGUUAAAGUUGACAAAACAUCGUCAGACACUCCUAAAGUAGUGGUAGAUACCAAGGGUCCUUCGAAGACAGAACAGUCUUUCUGUCCACUUUGUAAGAUCAAACUCAAUAUGGACUCGAAAGAUCCUCCUAAUUACAACUCUUGCACGGAAUGCAAGACCACUGUGUGUCUUCAGUGUGGGUUUAAUCCACUCCCGGAUGUGUCAGAGGUAAAGGAAUGGCUUUGCCUAAAUUGUCAGAUGCAGAGAGCCUUGAAAUUGUCUGAGUCUACUGGACCUGCAACACAGAAACCUCAGCACUUGGCCAAUAAUGUUUCUCAACCUCCAUCUGAAUUGAAAGAAAAGCCUGCAGCACUUAAAGGCCCCCAGAAAGACCAAGACAAAGUCACUCCGAAGAAAGAGCCUUUAGAUGCCAAGGCCCCUGUAUCAGCAUCAAUUCAAAAGGAUGUAAUAGCACAACCGGGUGCUGAGUCAAAGACUCCGAUGGUUUCAGAUGCUAAACAAGGGCCUGGUGCCAGGGUGGCUGGCCAACAGCAACAAGUUCAAAAACCAGAUUUAAAGCCAGCUGCUCCAAAACAAGAGCCUAGCAAAGUACCACAGGAACCCAAGAAACCGGUGACUCAGCCUCCAAAAUCUCCAUCAACAUCUCAGCCUCCUAAGCAGGAAUCUGGAAGCUUCUUUGGAUUUGGGGCCCCCAAAACACAACCUGUAGCAGCAAAGUCUUCUGAAUCAGUAACUGGAAAGAUGUUUGGUUUUGGUUCAUCUUUCCUCAGUUCUGCGUCGACAAUGAUAUCUUCAGCUGUUCAAGACGAGCCUAGAGUUACACCUCCUACUCCGAGGAAGAUGUCCACGACAGCUCCCGUCUCUCCUAAAGCAAUGUCGCCUGUUAUGCCUGCUAAGGGCACCAAGCCACCUGAUACAGCUAAAUCAAAGCCACCUCAAGGAACUGAGCUUCCUCAACCAGCUCUGGAAAAAGUAGCCUCGCCAGAAGUGAAAAGAACUUCACCAGAACCCCAAAAAUCCACUAAAGAAGUAAAGGCUCCUCCUAAGGAUGAAUUGUCAACCUGCCCACUUUGCAAAGCUGAGCUCAACAUCGGUUCCAAGGAUCCUCCAAAUUACAACACGUGCACAAAUUGCAAGAACAUCGUAUGCAACCUUUGUGGAUUUAACCCAAUGCCCCACACAGGAGCGAAGGAAUGGCUGUGUUUGACCUGCCAAACGGAAAGAACUUUGACAGGACAGCUGGGAGAUACUGGAAAAUUACCAAUAUCCUCCAAACUAGAGACCCAAGCAGCACCAACUAUGGAAAUGGCAGACAAUAAAACUGCAACUCCAAAAGUAGAGCCGACACCCAAAGCCACAAAACAAGAGCCUUCUCCUGUCCCUAAGAAGUUAGCCCAGGUGGAUCCACUUUUAAAAGAAACAGAACCUGCCAAGCUGAAAUCAACAACUACUGAACCUUCCACAAAAAUUGAACCUAAGUUACCGCUUAGGUCCCUGAAAACAGAGGUUUUACCAGAUCAGGCAGAAAGAAAUUCUUUGCUAGUGUCUAAAGCAGAACCUUCUACUAUGGAAAUAACCCAGAAAGAUGGAAAAGCAUCUUCUGAAGCACAGCAGCAACAAGAUCUCCCAACUGCAAAGAUUGAAACUGACAAAUCUGAGGGAGAAGAGAACAUUAAGAAAGAAAUUACCAAAGUUCAAGACGCGACAUAUGAUCAUGUAGAAUCUGAAGUGCAAAUUGAUGCAGCUAUAACUUCUACUUCUAAAGAAAAGGAAGAUUCAAAAGUACCCAUAUGCCCUGUUGAUUCUGAAGAGGGAGGUUAUGAAGUUCCUGCACAAGCUGAAACAAAUAAAGAAUCCUUGAUCCUUGAAAAUAUCCUUAAGGAAGUAAAGUCUGAUGAACCUUUGAAAACAACAGAGCAUGCACAGAUUUCACUGCAAGCUGAUCUACAUGCAAAAUUAGAAGAAGAGAAGCUAGAAGAGGAAAUGCAACCAGUUGCAGCAGCUGACAGCAAAGAAGUGGAGGAAGAAAUGACUAAAAGGACUUUGAAGUCACAAGUAACACCAUCAGAAAGCAUAUUAGAAAAGGGUCAAGAAGAAACCCCUGGAACAUCUAAAGAGGAGAGGAAAGUCCCUGUAACUGUUGAAAAGAUUCAAAGCAAAUAUUUAGUUGACCCUGGUAAAACAAUUAAGAGCAAACCAAAAACAAAGGAGAAAGACCAUGAUGACGAUCAUCCCCAGAUUUUACCUGUAAUGCAAGAGCUAAAUGAGGAAGAAUCAAAUGAUACACGUAAAGUUGAUGGAAGCAUGGAUGCACCCAUGAUAGUAAAGGAGGCUAAAACUGAGCGAAGGCGCCUAAGUUUCCAAGCAAUGGAGAACAGUGAAAGUGAUCUCACAGCCUCACCCUCCCCUGAACUCCAAAAAAAUAUCAUAAAGGUUAGCACUAUUACAUCAAGUAGUGAGGACAUAAAAACUGAAAGUGCUGACUCAUCUAUAGAAGAUGAUGAGUUUAUUCGCAAGCAGAUAAUUGGUAUGGGAGAUGAUGUGGAAAUGUCCAUAUCAGAGGAUGAGAAAGAAAAAAGUUUAGAAACAGUAGAUGCCGUUGAGGCAGUUGAGCUUGAUAAUGUUUCUGUGACAGUCAAACCUCUCUCUCAAGACACAAAUAAUGAAGAAACACAGGCUACACAAGAACACUUAACAAAAACGGAAACAAUGCCCAAAGCUCCUUUCAAGAAAGCCCUACCAGUUAUACGUCAAAGACAAAGCACUGAUGAAGAAGUAGAAAGCAUAACAGAAUCUCUCUCAAAGGGAUCAUCUAGUAUUCAAGCAUCUAGUUUUACCCCGGGAUCUUCACCGACAUCUGCCUCAUCUCUGGAGGAAGACAGUGAUGGUAGUCCUAGGAAAAUUUGUGGGGAUAAGUUGUAUCAUAAAGGUAAACAUAAACAACCUGCUCAAUCUCUUCCCACUAUUGAAGACUCCUCUGAGGAAGAGAAGAUGAAACCACAUGGUCGACCAAUCUCUCCACAUAGAGAUGCUUCUUCCACAGAAGAUUUAAGAAAAGGCACAGAUGAAAGUCUAAAAACAUCAGAUUCUGACUACUCUGUCAGUGUAGAAUCAGAGACUGAGACAGGAAGAGCUGUACAGAGGGGGCAAAAACCAUCGCCAACAGUCAUACCAUAUUCACCAUCUGAUCCAUUUCAGCUAACUGAGACGGUCACAAAAUCCUUAAAAAGUGCUGAAGAAACAUAUGAAGAAAUCCUACAGAAAGCAAAAGCAAUUCCAGGAGAGAGUCCUGACAUUGAGCCUCUCUAUGGAGGAAUGGCAAUAGAGGACUACCUUUAUGAAUCUUUAGUUGAAGAGCCUGAAAUCAACUUGACUCUAUCUCAAGAGGAAGACCUUCAAAAUGAUUCUGGUUCUCAGUCUCUCAAAAAACUAAGGUCUCCAGAAGAAGUUUAUGAGGAAAUGAUGCAAAAAAAGAAAGAGCUGUUGAUGAUAGAAGAAGAAUUUCAACAGGCUCAGUCUGCCUUGGAACUUUCUUCAUCUGAUGCUUAUCAAAUGCUAUCUGAUGCUCCGCCAGAAGCAGAAACAUGUGUGGUAACCAUGCCUACAGAAGAGAAGCAGACUUAUGAACAAACUGAACUUCCUCAUUUGGCGAUGGACACUUUAAGCGAACUGCCAAUGAAAAAGAAGAAACGACCUGCUCCUCCUCGUCCUUCUGAACCACCUAAGCGAACUGAAGGAACAGUAAUUCCACCAAGCAUUUACAGUGGAUCUAUAAGUUUCGUAAGACCCAUGGUUCCCUUAGAUCCUGCUCUCAGAAAAGCACUAUUCCCAAUUCCAGACCUUAAAAUUACUCAGUGUUCAUCAGGGGAAGAAGAGGAUGAUAGUCUUGUAGAUGAGUAUGCAAUAGGUAUUUCCUCUGACAUUACCCCUAGUGAUGACUCAGAGUCAAAAGAGGAUCAGUCUACUAGUCCGCCUUUGUCUGAAACCAUUGAGAUGGAACCAAUAUGUGUAGUUUGUGAAAUUCCAGAGCCAAAGCCAAUUCCUGCUCCAAUAUCUGCCCCAGAACUUACCACAACACCCUCUCCUGUGUCACCAGUUUCACCACCAACUUCACCAGCCACCUCAGAUUCCAGUUUGGUGUCUAAUGCAACAUCUUCAUCUCCAUUUCAGGCUCAGACACCCCUUUCAUCAGAUUCAACUCCAUUAUCCACACCAACACCUACAACUUCUUUUAAAGACCAGUCACAUGCAGAAAUGGCACCUUUGUUUCCUGAAAAAGUAGCAGCUGUACCAACAAAUGAAAAUGAAAUGUAUGCCCACGGUCCAACAACUGUUGUAGUUGCUAUACCAGAUGUAGUGUCUGAUCCAUCCAAACCAACAACUGAUGCGACUAAAGUAAAGGCUACUAUAAGUCAGGAUAAAACUCUAACUUUCACAGAAACAUGGACUGAGCCACCUGUUGUGGUUCAAAUGCCAGACUUAGUUUCCUCCCCCUCUCAGGUACCAUUUGAUGUCCCAACUGCCUUACAUGUCUCAGUACCAAGUCCAGCACUUGUUGUUGUUUCAGCUCAGUCUGCUACUCAAGUUACAGCUCCAUCUGUUAUUUCCUCAACUUCAACUUUAGUUAGUGGUGUUUCCUCUCCAAUCACCGUAGUGUCAUCCCCUCGGCCUGUCAUAGUCCAGAUGCCUGACCUAGUUUCAACUACUGCUUCAAUUGCUUCACAAACCCCACAGCCAAUCUCUGCCCUUAUAAGUAGCCCAAUUCAAGCCCAAGCUAGAGUGGUGCAUUCUGUCCCUGUGCAAUCCGCCAUUCCUUCAAUGAGCCCAGUUAUGGUCCCUGCAAAAGGUCAUAUUGAUCAGUUACAGCAGUCAGUUCCACCAUCAACUACAGUUAUAAAAAAGAAGGUCCCACCUCCUCCUCCCCCUCGAUCUACUUCAGUAUCAUUAGCAGAGACUACUAAAAACAGAGCUAUGAUAAAGACAAUUGAUGUUACAGCAACUACAUCAUCUCUGGAAACUACAAAUGCUCCCCUGCCAUUGCAGUCUGUAGUUGUAGACAUACAUCCAAGAAUAGAUGCCAUACAACAAGAGGCUGCAUCUGUACCUCAAGUAAUAACUUCAGACAGACAGGAGCAUGUAGUUAUCAAAGUGCCAAGUGUGGAAAACAAGCAUGUGCUUGGGCAGACAACACAAGAUCUGGUUAGUGUAGAAAAUAAAUGCCAGAUAUCUAAUUCUCAUCUUCAAAGUCAAACACCCCCACAACCUGCUCUUGACAUGUCCACUGCAAUAAAAUCAACAGGUCCUGCCCUUCCUUCUAAACCCAGUGUUGGAACAAAACCUUUCAGUGGUGAAGAAGCACUUGUUCUGGAUUCCACUUCAUCAUUAACAUCCGAUCUACCAAAACCAUCAGUGUAUCAGAAGCCAUCUGUUUCUAUUCCAGCCACAUCUAUUGUGGUAACUCCAGCAUCAACAAUAAGUACCAAACCUCCACCACCCAUACCUCCUAAACCUACAUCCAUACCUGCUGGAUUAGUUUUUAGUCACAAGCCAGGAGAGAACAUCAAACCACCACCUCCCCCUGUGGCACCAAAAGCAGCGACAUUGCCCAGGACAAAACAACCUCCAAAUGCUUUGUCACUUAGCCUAACAAGACCUGUGGAGUCCAAGUUGGGUGUUUCAUCUCCAAAGUCCCCUCUAUCUCCUAGACACUCUAAAUGUCUACAAACGUAUGUAGUUAUCACUCUUCCAUCUGAACUGGGUUCACCAACUGAGACCAUAACAGUUCAAGCACCUGUGAGGCGAGGCUCCAUCCCAUCUUCGACAGUGUCUGUUGUACCAACCAUCUUAUCAGAGCAUAAAACACCUGCUGACGUGUUUACAUCACAGGCUACAGUUAGGAGGGCCUCUGUUCCUUCUGUAAAACAGCCACCAUCAAAUACUGUGGCCCCAAAUGUGGCAACGGAGCAAGUAAUAAACUCUAAGGAAAUGGAGGUCAAAUUGCAAGCAAGGACAAAAUCGCUAUCAUCUACUGUGCAGCCACAACUUCCUUUGGUUGAUACUGUAUCAAAGUCAUCACCCCAAGACACUUCUAUUCAAGCACACCGUGUACCUUCACCAAUAAAGAGACCAUAUGUACAGGAAGAACUGACAAGUACCCCACCACAAUCAACUCCCCCAACAAUGCCAGAGGCUAUCACAAUGCCAGUAGAUUUAGAUUUAUUUAAUCAACAACAGAGUCAAGCUUCUUCAAAAAAUGAGCCUACACCAUUCUCUCCUCAAGAGUCAAGUAGAGUUGCAGAAACUGAAACAAUACCUCAGCUAAACUUAGUGGAAGAGGCAUAUUCUCCAACAGCAAAACUAGUGACAGCUGUGCAGCCACAAUAUCUGACAGAAGUUGUUACUAUACCAUUGCAGCCAUCAGUACUUUCAGACACUUUAGUUCUACAGAGUAAUGUAGUUCAAGGGGACACAAAUGUUGCUACCCCUGAAAUUCUAUUACAAAAACAAUUCACAGCAGAAAAUCAGGAUAUGCCUACUCAUGUGAUUGUUACAGAAGAUUUUCAAGUAAGAUCCCAAGUACAAGAAGACAAUCGCAUACUCACAGAAAAGCCAUUUACAGCAGUUAAACCUACACAGCCAGAGGUGAUGACAGAUUUUAACAAUGCUAGCAUAAUUUCCGAUUUUUCAUCUGCACCACAAUUUAUUCAGUCAUUUGAAAAUCAAUCUUUAGUGCCAGAGCAAGUUUGUACACAGCAUUCACAUCUAAUUUCAGAGGAAGCCAUGCACCUUACUGAGGCUGAAAUUCCCACACAGGCCAUUUCAAUUGACUCUAGCCCGGAAACAUUUGAGGUAGAGGUGGUAUAUACACCAUAUCCUCCUCAAAACAUUGCAUCUGAAAUUACACCAACACCUAUCGUAACUGAGUUAUUCAUUCAGCCUACAUUUGAUGAGGUAUUGAUCCCAACAGCUGCUGAGAUGGCCCCGACAUCUCUCACUAUGGAGGUACAACAAGAUUCAAGACAUCCAAGUGGGGAUUCUUUUGCCUAUAUUGCAGAUAAUGACAAAAUGACUUCAUUGUCAAUGAUACCACAUGCAGUCCCUCUGCAAGAGGUCAUAACAAUGAAGCCUGAACUGGAAAUGCCGACAAAGCUUAUAGCAAAAGAAACGGAUCCAAGAACAGCUUCAGUGCCAUCAUCUGAACUGCAACAUCAGACUAUGGUAGACAUGCCAGUCCUUAAACAUGAGGAGACUACCUAUACUAGGAGGACAUCAAUAUCAUCUAUGUUACAGCCAUCAUACGUAUUGUCUGAUGGAUCUACCUGCCCUGCUGAAUAUGAAAUACCUACACAAGUUAUUACCACUGAGGCCUUUGCAUCAAAUAGGAGAGAAUCCUUAACAAUUCAACCACCACUACCAUUUGCACAAGUAGCAAAUAUAACUGCAGAAAAAGAUAUCCCUAUAGAUAACUAUACUUCCCAAGCUCCUUACUUUAGUGAGGUUGUUCCUAAUAUUGAUCAUGAACUACAGGAAUUAAGCUAUUCUGUUGAAUAUGAUCACCCUGCAGAGAUAAUGACUACUGAGGCAUUUGCCAGGAGAACCUCAGUGCCCCCUGUGCGGGAAAUUUCACAGGUUGUACCUGUGGUUCCAGUUACUAUUACUAAAAUUCAACAAGAAUCAAUAGAAAGCCAAGAAAUCAGAGGACCAGAAAAGGUUGUCUCAAGUAUGAGUCACAUGUAUUCUUCAAUUUCUACCUCAGCCCAACCUCCUAAAAGUUUACCCAGCAUGGUUACUCAAGUGGUUACCACAGAAGUCCAAAGGACCACAGUUUCUGUUGUGCAUGAGAGACUUCCGCAGGCUUCCCCAUCAAGUGUAGAAAUCACAAUACAACCAGACUUUUCAAAAGUUCAAUCUCUGUCUAAACAAAAUGGCAAGAUAUUCUAUCCUAGUGAUGUCAUUGAUUUACGAACCGUCAAGGAUGGUAUAAAGAUGACAGAGCAAGGCAUGGACCUAACUUCUGAGUCAGACCGACUGUCUUUUUCAAGUGACUCAAGCGGACGUCAAAUCACAGCUGUUCAGCCUGAGAUAGUAAACCUAAGUGCAGAGGUUACUCCCGUAACAACACUCUCUGUUGUUACAGACAGCAUCACAAUAGUUACAUGCACAGCCACUGUUGCUUCAUACAAUACCCCAGCAGAAAAACCACUUGAUUUGCAAGGCCCAGUUACCUCAUUACCACUGCCUCUUACUACAUACAAACCAUUUGAACCAUUAGCACAGAUUGUGUACAGGCCUGUAAAGCCUCAGCCCAUUGUAAAAGCUGUACUAUCGACAGACCAGGAGACUCCCAUCAAUCUCUCUUUUGAAAAUAUUGUUUCCAGUGGAGGAAAAGUGCCAGAAAUGUCUGCUCCCAUUAGUGUUAGCAGUGAAGGUGUUAUUCCCUUAGAGGCAACAGGAGCCAUGGAUUUGUCAAACUACAGACCAUUGAGAAGUAUGGUGGCUUUGUCUGGUACAAGUCCAGGAGUGGUGACUACUGUUGUAGAGGAUGAUGGAAUUCCAGUGGAUCUUACAGCUAACAGGCGGAGUGUGUGCUGUGAUGUAAUUUACAAGCUACCAUUUACAGGAAUCUGCAAAACACAAUCUGCAGUUACUACCCAGCCGGACAGCAAUUUUGGAAACCGAGAAGACCAAUAUCAAAAUGUUAAUACUGGACUAUAUGACAUCAAAGGAACUUAUGGCAUCAAAACACCAGGCUCUGAAAUAAAUCUUACACAGGGAGGAAGAUCUCUGUAUGAUCUCAAGAAUAAUUACGACUACCUCGGCAGAUCUUCAGACGAUGCUGUAGACCUUACUGCUGCCAAGUUUUCUACAGGUGAAGCUCUGGACUACACAAGCAAAGCUGCCAGAGUCCACACUGCCACAAUCCCUGCUGCAUACUCCCAGGAUGCCACUGAUGGAUUUUCUGUAUACAGUACUCUCAAAGCCUCUGAUGGACUAGUUUAUUCUUCAGUAGCAGCACCUGUUCUCUCUACUUGUGCAAUCACAACUCAGCCAGGCUCCAUCUUUAGUGCUGCAAUAACACCAACAUCAGCAGUCCAUUAUCACUCACUAUUAAACCCAUAUGACUUUAUUCCUGUUGCAAACCCAGGACAGAUUAUACCCUAUGAUACAGGUCUGCCUAAGGAGCUUUUACCAACAGCUUUAGCUGAUAUCUUAACUGGCUAUCCAGAAAUGUAUUCAGACACAACAUUAGAGGCAAUAGCUGCUUCACUAGAUGCGUUAGCAUCUUCCCCAAUGUUCCCGGGAUUAGACAACACUAAGAUGGCCCAGUACCAAAUGGAGAGGGAAUUUUUGGAACUAGAGAAGCUUAAACAGUUAUGCCUUGCUGAGGAACUAGAAUGGGAAAGGCAGGAAAUCCAGCGAUACCGGGAACAAGAACAACUAAUGGUCCAAAGGGAACUUGAGGAACUUCAGGCUCUGAAACAGCAGCUUCUCCUGCAGCAGGAAGAGGAGCACCACGCUCACAUGGUGGCCCAACAGGAGACCUAUGCUCAGCAAAAAGAACAAUUGCAACAAAUCCAGCAACUUCAGUUGCAACUCCAGCGGCAACUAGAUGAACACUAUGGUACCACCAGUAAAACAAACCUUUUAGAAGCUAAAUAUGCAGGAGUAGGAGAUAGUGGUCAGUAUUGGCCUGUCAAAGAUGAGUCUACAGCUCCAGCUUCAGUAACACUUGCAGAGGACAACCAGUUUAGACAAGUGAAGCUUCAAACUAGUCAAGACAUUGGAAAGAAAAUACCUGAUAGUGGAUUGCAGACAGAUGAUGAAGACUCUGGAGAGAAGCAACAUGUCGGAAGAAGAAAGAAGAGUAAAAGAAAUAUUGAUACCUCAGCUCAAACCGAUGAUGAGGAGGACCAAGAUGAGUGGGAUGCUCCAAGCAAAUCUCGGCGACGAACUCGAAAGCACAGCAGUGAAGGAAAACAUGGCUCUAAGGUGUCGAGUAUUGCAAUCCAGACUGUGGCAGAGAUAUCUGUCCAGACUGACCACUCUGGGACUAUCAAACGACCCAAUGUACAAAUGGAUACCAAAGUAGAAAUUAUCAAGCAUAUAUCAGCUCCAGAAAACUCCCAUAAAGGGGGUAGCUUGAGCUGUCAGACUGACUCAGACAGAAGACUAAUGCCCAUUGAAGUGGGCUACAGCACCCAACUAACAGCUGAGGUCCCCUCUAGGUCAAAAGUCCUUUAUUCUCAAGUCUCCCCCCUGUCUCCAGAGAAGUCAUACGGAGGACAGAGAAUGCUUACUGCUGACCCAACAAGAUUUUCUUCUGCCCCCCGUAUACUGAAAAGUGGUCAAAAGUCUCUAUCUGAUCCAAAGUCCCUCAGCCCUUCCACAGAAGACAGGAUGGGUGGAUACUAUGCUGAUAGCUAUUCUAGCCGAAGCACUUCCUCUGGCACAGGUAAGAAAGUCAAGCGGACACUGCCAGAGCCCCCUCCUGAAGAUGACCCUUUAUCAGGCAGGUCGAGCUACAGCACCAACUCUGCUCGUCGACGCCUUGCCCGUAGUACAACAAUGGCCCGUGCAAAGAUUUUGCAAGAUAUAGACAAGGAGCUUGACCUAGUGGAGAGGGAAUCCUCUAAACUUCGCAAGAAACAAGCUGAGCUAGAUGAGGAAGAAAAGGAGAUUGAUGCCAAGUUGCGGUAUUUGGAGAUGGGUAUAAACCGCAGGAAGGAAGCCUUAUUGAAGGAAAGAGAGAAGAGAGAGAGGGCCUAUCUCCAAGGGGUGGCAGAGGAAAGAGACUACAUGUCAGACAGUGAAAUUGGUAACAUUAGAGAGGCCAGGGGAGAUGGUCUUGAAAGGCCACGAACGGCUCCCCAGUCAGAAUUUGACCAAUUUAUCCCUCCACAAACGGAGGCUGAUUCCCAGUACAACACACUUACUAGUCCUUACUCUCCCUAUGGUCAGUAUGUUUCUCAGACUCCAACUACCAGCCAGUACUCCCAGCCAAGUGUAUAUCAGCAGCAGUCCCUUUACCAUCAACAAGUGUCUCCUUACCCAACCUUAUCACUCUCUCAUGGUCAGCCUGGUAGUUACCAGCAUGCUCUACUGUUACAGCAAGGAAAACAUAGACAAACCGCAAUGUCUGAUUUGGAGUCUAAAAUUACCUCCAACUAUGAAGUGAUACGCAACCAACCUCUGCUUAUUGUACCAACCUCCACAGAGAGUGGCUACGGAGUGGCUCAGUUGGGGAGCAAGUAUGGCACCUUAGAUUUACGGGUAGGAUUAGAGGAAAGAAGCAUGGCCUCUAGUCCCAUGUCCAGCAUUUCUGCUGAUUCCUUUUAUGCUGACAUUGACCACCACAAUGCUAGGAAUUAUGUGCUGAUAGAGGACAUAGGUGAGCUCACAAAGCCGUCAACAGGGCUUGGCAAUACUACCAUGGGUUCUGGAUUUACACUUCCUGAUAAGGAAUUGGCCAAGGCAGACCGACUACUCAGGGCAGCAGACAUCAGGCGCACAGCAGAGGUGGCGGAUUUUUUAGGCUCAUCUCGUUAUGGUAAAGGAGAAGAUGACAGCAUGGAGGAACCUUAUGAGCUGAAGCUGCUGAAGCAGCAAAUAAAGCAAGAGUUCAGACGAGGAACUGAAGGACUAGAACACUUAACAGGCCUGAGCUCAACUCAAUAUGCCCAUAGUGAUAGUAGUUUUCGACACUUCCCUAAAGGAGAAAAAUAUAGCAUUGGCAGGCUUACUCUUGAAAAACAGGCUGCAAAACAACUUCCAGCAGCUAUGCUUUACCAGAAACAGAUGAAGAACAAAAAAGCCUUAAUUGACCCCAAGGCUAUCACAAAAUUUUCCCCAAUUCAGGAGAGUAGGGACCUUGAGCCAGAAUUUGGUAGCUACAUGGGAUCUGGGACUUCCUCUGUGUCCAGUCUGGCAGCUAGGGCUAGGCUACUACAGGAUGAAAUUACAUUUGGACUGAGAAAAAACUUAUCUGAGCAGCAGAAGUAUUUGGGCUCUUCCCUUGGGGCCAACCUCUCUGGUUCUCUAAACCUUGGGCACUCUCUUGGUCUGGGAUCCAAUAUCAGGAGCAUUGCUCAGGAUGAUGGUACGUAUCCAAGUGGAACACGUUCUCGUCCCUCCUCUCGACCUUCGUCCCGCCCCUCCUCUGUCUAUGGUUUGGAUUUAUCUAUCAAAAGAGACCUGUCCAGUUCCUCACUUAGACUGAAAACAGACAGUGAGACUUUGGAUACAGCAUUUGCUCCUGGAGUCACUAGAGCAAAGCCUACCAGUUUACCUAUCAGCCAGAGCCGGGGUCGCAUCCCCAUCAUUGCUCAGAACUCUGAGGAGGAAAGCCCUCUGAGCCCGGUGGGGCAGCCGAUGGGUAUGGCUCGAGCUUCUGCAGGUCCCCUCCCACCCAUAUCUGCAGACUCAAGGGACCAAUUUGGGUCUAGCCAUUCUCUUCCAGAAGUACAGCAACACAUGAGGGAAGAAUCUCGGACACGUGGCUAUGAUCGAGACAUUGCAUUCAUCAUGGAUGACCUGCAAGGCGCCAUGUCUGAUAGUGAAGCUGGAGGCCAAAACUGGAAUAUAGAAGCCUACCACCUGCGGAGAGAGGACACCGACUGGUUUGACAAACCAAGGGAAGGACAUCCUCAAAGUGGGCACAUGUCAGAUCCGAGACAGGUUAAGCUGGUCCCCUAUGCCUUUCCCCACACUCGCAUCAAGCUCAAAAGAGACAUGAAAGACACCAGUGUAUCAGGAAAUGGACUCGGGAUCCGUGUGGUGGGAGGGAAGCAGAUUCCAGGAGGUCGUGGAGAGAUUGGAGCCUACAUUGCCAAUGUUAUCCCUGGUGGUGUGGCAGAACAGAUGGGAAAAGUUGUUGAAGGAAUGCAGGUGCUGGAGUGGAAUGGAAUCCCUCUGACAGGAAAAACUUACGAAGAGGUGCAAUGCAUCAUGGGUCAGCCAUGUGCAGAGGCGGAGCUCUGCCUUAGACUUGACCUGAACAUGCUGUCUGACCCUGAGCAACCACAAGCCCUGGAGUACCACGUCCAGCUAAAGACAGGUGGCCAGCGUUCCCCAGGGGUGGACCCUAAGCAGCUAGCUGCAGAGCUGCAGAAGGUGUCCCAGCAGCAAGGCCCUGGUUUGACUGGGACCGGACCAGGUGGGUUGGGAGUCCUCUCAGCCCUGGAGCGUUCUGCCCUUCUGCACUCUGGUCCGGGGUCAGCUGCCUCCAGUGGGGUCCCAAGCCCAGGCCAGCCUGCAUCCCCAGCCAUCAACAAAAAACAGCGACACAAGCCAACAGAUGAGCCGAAGACACGUCCCCCCAUCACUGGUGAAAUUCAGCUACAAAUCAACUAUGACAGAAACUUAGGAAACUUGAUCGUCCACGUCCUGCAGGCCAGAAACCUGGCCCCCCGGGAGCAUGACGGCUACUCUGAUCCUUUUGUGAAGGUCUACCUUUUACCUGGGAGAGGCCAAGUCAUGGUAGUCCAGAAUGCAAGUGCCGAUAACAAAAGGAGGACCAAGUAUGCCCAGAAGACUCUGAACCCUGAAUGGAACCAGACUGUUAUCUACAAAAACAUUCAUUUGGAACAGCUGAAGAAAAAGACUCUGGAGGUGACGGUGUGGGACUACGACAAAUCUUCCUCCAACGACUUUCUUGGAGAAGUUCUGAUCGACUUGUCAAACACAGCUCAGCUGGACAACACGCCCCGCUGGCUGCCCCUGAAGGAGCAGAGUGAAAGCAUUGAACACAGCAGGGCCCACCAUGCCACUCAAGCUCCGCCGGGCUCUGGUGCCGGUCAGGGCCACGGUCAGGGACACAGCCAAGGCCAUCCGUCGGGGUCAGGGCAGGGGCAUGGAAUGGGAGAGAGUCAAACUUUGGGGCAGGGAGACGGGAUUCACGACUCACCCAAAAACUCUGUGAUUAAGAGUAGAAGCCAUGGAAUCUUCCCUGACCCGGCCAAAGACAUGCAAAUGAUGCCUUUGGAAAAGUCACACAGCAGCCCCGGCAGCUCCAAGUCUUCCUCUGAUGGUCAGCUGCGCUCCCAUGGCCCCUCCCGGAGCCAAAGCAAGAGCAGCGUCACUCAGGCCCACCUCGAGGAUGCUGGGAUAGCUAUUGCUGCCGCAGAAGCUGCGGUGAAGCAGUCCCGCCUGCAACCAAGACCAGGACACCGGCUGGGUGAUGUGUCAGGAUCAGUGGUGCUGUCUGCUCCCAGUCUUGUUGGAGACACCUAUGGAGAUCUGGAUGGGGAUGAAGAGGCAGGCACCGGAGUGGACAGUGCCAUUUUUCAAGUGCCACACAUUGGCAAAACCAUUCCCAACGGUACAGACAAAAACCAGCAAAUCACUCCAGAAAAUGAAGGUGGUAAAACACAAGUGAUGGGGGAAAUCAAAGUUGCUCUGAAGAAAGAGGUGAAGACAGAAGGGGACCAGCUCGUCUUGGAGAUUCUUCAAUGCAGAAACAUCACUUACAAGUUCAAAAGUCCGGAUCACUUGCCAGACCUGUAUGUGAAGUUGUAUGUGGUGAACGUGGCCACUCAGAAGAGGAUCAUUAAGAAGAAGACAAGAGUUUGUCGUCACGACAGGGAGCCGUCCUUCAACGAGACCUUUAGAUUUCCCCUGAAUCCAACUGGACACGCCAUACAGCUUUUCCUGGUGUCAAACGGGGGGAAGUUUGUGAAGAAGACCUUGAUCGGGGAAGCUUACAUCUGGCUUGAUAAGGUGGACAUGAGGAAGAGAGUGGUCAGCUGGCACAAGCUGUUUGUCAGCUCCACUCAGACCAACCCCUGAGCUCCACACCAGACCCACGUAGCAGAGUGGAUGAAGACAAAGGGAAUUCUGGGAUGAUGGCAUUGCAAUUGUACGAACCAACACUGCCGGCUCACAGCAACCUCUCUGAUUCCACAUAUCUGCGUUAUAUCAACUUUACUCGGACGCCAACAUGCAAACACCAAGGAAAGUGAAGAUUCUGUUUCCUGUAGUGGCUCUAAAUCCACCAAACACUAUUGUUUUGAUGCUGCAUGACCGAUCUAACAUAUCUGUGAGAGGAAAACAUGGAAAAAUAAGAAACUAAAGUCAAUCAUUUAUGUAUGUAAUCCAUACAAGAAGCACUGUUGUGAUGUUUGUGGACAUCAGUGGUCUUGGUAUAGUUUAGCAUAAUGAAAAAUAAUAAUUUUUGUAUUAUAGUUUGGUUUCUUUUAAAGUAUUAUUGAAAAAAAUGGCCAAUAUCAGCCAGACUUUGCAAAGAAAUAAAGAUUAAAUGUACAGCACUGACUGUAGAUAUCCCACGUGGAGAUUACAGAGCAUAUCAAUGAACUGUACAGUGUGAUAUUUAUAUAGAAUAAAAUGAAAUGAGAUGCAAAAUAUAUCUAGAUACAAUAUAGAGCAUAGAACUUGUCAAUAGAUUAUAUAGCAGAAGAUAUGGAAAACGUUUAUUGACAGAUUGGGGUUGUGGAUGGUGCACCGACAAUCCAGAAAACGAAGGGAUUAGCAGUCCUUCUAUCUGUGUAUGUGGAUUUAUGUGAGAUCAAGGUUGGUCAUAAUCACGUCUAAUUGCUUCUUUUUUUUACGAUCACACCAAUCCACCCUCUCAAUGAGCAGAAAUUGAGCAUUCAGAGGCAGAUGAGUGUGCGUAACUGUGUGGGGUUACAAGAAUUUAGAAGCCCGACAGCACACGCUGUGUUGAACGGUCACAACAUUUUCAAAACCAGGUGUUUCUUUAUGUGGGGCCCUUUGUGUUCUGGCAUUGUUGCUGUUAGCAUGUAAUUCUCAGAAGUCGUUUCCAAACCACGUGUAGUUCUGCAGCUGUUGUUGUCUGUGUGACAGCCCUGCUGUCUGUGUGUUAGUGUUGCCCUCUGGUCUCUGUUUAACCUGGAAGAAAUUCAAAAAAACAAACAAAAAAAAGAAGUGGAGGGUCCUCUAUGUUUCUAACUGUGCUGUGAAAUGCUAGAUGAUUUUGUGUCACUUAUUCCCGUAAAACACAGGGAACCAGCAUCCAUCACUGCCCGUCAUCCAGAUUUUCUCUCAGGCUCGCUCGGGUUUCAGUAGAGGACACGGGGCCAAGUGCUAGUCAUGACAUGUGCGCAGCAGAAAUAUGGUUUCGCUUGAUGUUUUGCCACCAUACAUACAAUAU